AUUUGUUACUCGUACCUUAGUUACGUAUACCAGUGUUUAUACCUGUAUCUAUAGCCAGUGCAACUACCCUUCGGUGUAACACAUUUACAUGGGCUUAGAAGGCACGUGGUGUUACUACAGGUGGUAGUGUUAUCUUGACAGACCUUUGAUACCUGAACUUUGCACAACUGCAACUGUCCUGAAUAGUUUAUCAGUCACCGAGUUGACCCGACACAAGAAAGCAGUAUUGCAGUGAGGAACUAACAGGUGCCAGAUGAAAGAGAAGGGUGACGUUGCUGGCACAAGGUCCAGGGCUCCGCGUUCGCCACAUGGUCCACGGACGACAAAACCAGACUUUCCACCGCCACCUCCCCCCAGAGGACCAUCAUUGAAACACCAGGACAGUGUGGAUAGCUCUGGCAUGACUUCAACUGACAAACAUGUGGGAGGCAGUGAGGAGCCCACUGAGCCUUCUAUGUACCCAAGGCUAGACAAAACAGGACGUUCAGUACCAAACAUGUACUCGAGCCAGAUACCGGCUUUACGCUCUAGUGGAGACACUUCCAGUGGACACUCUUUCACAUCGCAACCACAAAAAGCAGAGGUAGAUCGGGCAUUUCACGAAUCAGACGAGUCCAGAACACACCGCACCCUCCCUGCACGACUGGAUAGAAGGGCAGGCGAAACAGAGGACCAGAUCCGGCCCCUUCCAAUACCGGGUUACGUACGGAGGGAAAAAUUUCCUGCAACCAGAGUCAAGUCACUGGACGAAGCCGUUUUUGAGCAUCAACGUAAGACCAAGCCACCUCCUUUACCUUCAAAGAAGAGGAGAAGUGCUCCAAACAUCUUCCAGCAGCUUCCCCACAUGUCAGAAGCGCCGCCUGGCAAGAAAGUCCCGCACGGCACCAGGAAGAAAAGCCUCCCGACUCUAACGCUCCCAACGUUCAAGACGUUGCGACAGAUUAGUGAAACGUCAUCAAUGGGUGAGCCGGAAGAACCUGACCAGGCCUUGGUUCGUCAUUGGACCAGGAAAGACGUCAAGGCAUGGAUAAAGACGUCUUGGCCCAAACAUCUCCAGACAUACAAGAAGAAGUUCUACAGUAAGAAGAUUAACGGAGAAGCACUGCUGACUCUGACGGAGGAAAGGCUAACAGAUGAGCUGAAGGUCCAGCAGCCUGAAGACAGAAGCGCCAUCAUGAACCUGGUGAAGACACUGAGAACUGCAGGAUCCAAGGAGAGACUUGUGGAUGAACAAGACGAGGAGAUGUUCCAUUCUGGUCCGUUGUACCAGAAUUCAGAAGUGCUUUUGGAACACCAGGAUGACGCGGGAACAGAAGAACAAGGCGCAGGCAUCUUCAGGGGUCGAACAAAAUCUUUCUGGCGGGACUUUUCUAUGGUCAAAAAGGAUGCUAGAGUUGAACAGCUUCAGGAUAGUGAGGUGGCCCUGCACGAGGCAAAGUACGAGAUCAUCAAGCUCCAUGUUUCCUUGCUGAAGAGUCUGAAGGUCCUGGUGGAUGUCUUCGAGUCUGACGAAACACUGCUGUCCAUCAUGGGACAGCACAACCACAGGAGGCUGUUCGCUAACACAGACGCACUGAUGUCCAUGACGAGAAGUCUGUUAAAGGAGCUGAAACAUAGCUUCAACCGUGAUGUGAUGAUGACCGAGCUCCUCGCCCUGGACACCUACGACCGUUACCUUGUGGACUAUCACAAGUACUGCAGGACAGCCGCGUAUCAACAGGCUCUGCUGCAGAAACUCCUGCAAGAGAGCAGUGAAUUCGCGGUGAGAAUUGACCAACUGGAGAUCUACCCACGUUGUUGUGGGAACAAGUUGGAAUCGUUCCUGAAGAUUCCUUUCCAGCACAUCAUCAAGCUCAAGACGGUAUUCGAGGGCAUAUUGCGACAUGCUCCUAAGAGCUCCGGCCAGGAAAGUUCUGCUCAUGAAAUUAUCAACGCACUGGAAAAGACGAGUGAGAAGUGUGAGGAAGCUGUUGCCACCAUGACGGAAUCACUCGAACUCCAGAGGAAGCUCAUAUUUCAUAAAACCAAGGAAGUUGAGGUCGCUUCUCCUGGCCGCUGGCUGGAAAGGGCUGGAGAGUUCAGUGAGUUACGGGGAGGAAGGAUCUCUUCACCAGAAGCACCUGUGAUGAUGUUCGUCUUCAACGAUAUGGUCCUCCUCGCACAGAGAGCGUCAAAGGACGACCUGACGGUGCUGGACUACGCCUUGCGGCCGCUAGUAGAAGUGCAGCCGAUAGGACAGGCGCUUUGUCGUGCUUUCGGCAUGGAGGAUCUCUACCAGAUUACACUGGUGGCCAAUCACAGGGGAGUCAUGGAGGAACUGGUCCUACAUCCCGAAACUAGUGGUGACGUCGACCUGUUGCUGUCUAUAUCUGCCUGGGAGGAGCAAGUUUCAGAUGAAGACGUACAGUACGGUGUCAUCACAGAGAGCUUCCUGAUCAUGGAGGCAGCAGACAAACCCAUCGCGUUUAAAGAGGGAGAUGUUGUAAAAAUCUACGGAGGAUUGGAAGAGGCACGUGUGCAUGCUGUGCGGAUGACUGACGGACAGACAGGGGUACUGCCCGGGAACAUAAUCAGUGUGGUCAGCGGCGAGUCUGGCGGCUACGGUAGCCGGGAGAGGUGCACGUCAGCGAAAGUGGUGCCGAAGCAUCUCUCCUCGACGCAGGACCCGGUCAUGAUGAUCAGCCGCCUGCCCAGUCUCGUCAAAGGCGUUGAACCCGUCAUCAGUCGGGUCCCUAGUCUCGUAAAAGGCGCAGACCCAGCCGUCAUCAGUCGGGUCCCUAGUCUCGUAAAAGGCGCAGACCCAGCCGCCAUCAGUCGAGUGCCUAGCCUCGUAAAAAGCCCGGUUGGGACAGCACCAAAAGGUUCUCUGAUCGGAGGCUCUGACAGCAACCAAUCGCUUAGUGGGAACAUCAAGCAAUACAGCAACUUUGACGCUCUCUGGAGCCAGGCGCAAGAACGACUCGACGCUUUAGUAAAAAGCUCAAGCGACAAAUUCAACAUGGUGAGCAGCAACUUUGCAGCGGGGGUGUUCGACGAACGCGGCGGUCAUCUGAGCAUUCUGGAGAGGGGCAUCAGCUUGUUCAUUCCCCCGGGAGCCAUCGCAGGAGGCCCGACGAAGGUCUACAUCUACCUGGAGUCCAUUGACGUUCACCAAGACGAGAAUCUUCCAGAGGGCCAGGCGAUGAUGAGCUCCACGCUGUAUUGCGGUCCGCCAGGCACGCAGUUCAACGAAGACGUCGUCUUCACGCUGCCCUACCAAGGAAGCGGAUGUGACACAAUGUGGAACGUAUAUCCGGUGCAAACCCAGACCGCUGUUGGAGAAACACCCAACUGGAGGUCGUUGACAGAUGACGUCGAGGCGAUGCAUUUCCUGAGCAACGGCUUCUGCACGUAUUUUGUCAGCCAUUUCACCGGUUUCGGCGUCGUCGGCGACUGCAGUCGGUCUGGCGGGGCGAAAAUCAAAAUCUUUCGAUUCGGAGCCUUCGCCUCACCCAUGGAGAUGCGGGGAAAGAACAGACGAGUGCGUGUGAGAUGUUGGGAAGGGAAGAAAUCAGAGCUAGAGCGAGUUCUCCAACUGGAGAAGACGGAGCACAGCGGGAAACUCAUCGACGCUCACCGCCCGCUGCCGCUACGGGAGGGCCAGGGGGACGUCUGGAUGGCGGCUACGGACACGUCGUCGGGCUGGCAGCUGCGAGGCUGCGGAGAACAAUCGAUCCCAGAGAUUUUGCUGUGGAUGGAGGAAGAUGAACCGGUGGAUCCCUCCUGUACGUUUGAAUUCCGCACGGCAAGCGAGAAAUCAGGUCAAUUUGGCUGCACCGUGAAGAUAUACCAGGAACAAACCCCUAAUACUUCCGUGCGACUGAGUGUGACUGAUUUUGAGGAACCUCACCAGGUCAGUUCGUUCGAGUCUCCAAACGAGUGGUUCCUCCGUCUGCAGCCCGAGUUACAGCCGAUAAAACAAGAUGGCGCCCUGCUCCCUCCCAGCGCACACCGGCAAAUCUGUACGGUACUGGACGUACAGAACACCCUGGGCAACGACUGGCGCGCGUUCGCCGAGAAGCUGGGACUGCAGUUUGACACUAUCUGCUGGGUGGAGGGAAAACGCCCUACCGCCCGUCUUCUGUACUACUGGGAGCACACAAACGCCGGUGGUGGAUUGUCAGCUCUAAGGAGCUUGAAACAAAUCUUCCAAGAACUGGAAAGAGAAGACGUGGCAGAAAUUCUUAAAAACGCCAUCUCCCACCACUUCACCGAGCACACCGAGGGAAGAAGAUCCACCGAGCCUGCAGUCAGCGAGUACAGAGAACGGCCAGACGCAGAACAGUACGCCAGGAGAACGAGUGAUUCGGUCAAUGUUACAACGGACCGUGGUAAGACGCCGAGGAAAGCCGGCACGCAGGGCGUCCAGGCCGGCCGGGUGCCCCAACAUCUCUCGGAAUCGUCACGCGCGAUCAGUGUCCAUUGAAGCCACUGUCACAAAUUCACGAUUUAACCUUCCAAACACUACCAAAUGCCC